UGAGCCAUUCCUUUGGCUACGGUUUGAUGGAUGCCCAUGGAAUGGUGAAACUGUCUCGAACAUGGAAGACUGUUCCCAUCCAGGAGAGGUGUGAGAUCCCAGCAUCACAUAUCAACAAGCUGAUCCCGUCCAAGAGUCAAGUGACACUCCCUCUUGAGGUCAAGCAAUCUGACUGCCCCAAUAUCAACUUUCUUGAGCAUGUCCAGGCCAAGGUGACGCUGGCAGCCACACGUCGAGGGGACAUCCAGAUCUUCCUGACCUCCCCAGCAGGGACACGCUCAACAUUGCUUGCUCUCAGGCCUAAGGAUGCAGCUCGCUCUGGCUUCAACGCGUGGCCUUUCAUGACCGUCCAUUCUUGGGGGGAAAGUCCCAUCGGGCUGUGGCAGCUGGAAAUCCACAACGAGGGGCGAUAUCUCGGUCCGUUCGUCUCCCUUCUCAUUGUUGAGCCUUUGUUUCGGACCUCAAUUGCAAUCUGGGGAUUGACACUGUAUGGGACCAAGGAGAGUCCGGACGGAACGGAGCCGGCAAAGAACCCGCCUUAUCGGGGCGGACUCCCCGCACCGCUUCCUCCCCAUGGGAAUGAAAUCUCCAUCGUGGAACAUGAUGGGGACGAUCCAGACAUGUUGCGAAACGGGAGUUGCCGCACUGUAGACUCUGUGUCGGGUCUCUGUUUGGGAUGUAGUGAAGGUCACAUAUUGAUGGCUGGGAAGUGCUUGGAUUCCUGCCCAGUAGGAACAUACCUGUUGACUGGGGAGGAGUCCUCAUGCCAACCGUGUCACUAUUCGUGUCGUACGUGCAUCGGGCCACUUCCUUUCCUGUGUAAAUCGUGCUGGAAUGAUGCCUCCCUUCACCCUGAUUCCCGUGGUCGAAUGUACUGUCAUCCAAGACUCCUGAUUUCAGAAAUGAAACAGUUGGAUCGUGGACAUUCCAUCCUGGCAGUGGGAUUUGGGAUCUGCCUCAUCUUCCUUGCCAGCCUCCUCAUCUUUGUCCUCACCUGGUAUCGAUGCAAGUGGCAACAAACUAUGGAUUCCGAGCGCAUUCGUUAUAGUUCCCUCUCCUCGUCCCUGUCUCCUGAGUAUAUCCACUCUCCUGGUCCUCCUCAUUCAGAAAGCACUACUAAAUUCAUCCAUAGCUGCGAAGAUUCUGAGUCCAGGUGGGAAUUGCCAGUAUCAGAGUUUGUGGAAGCUGGUCUGAAAGUUGGAGAAUGGAGAUUGAUACAGGACAGCCCAAGCCGCAUCUAUCCCGACAGCCAAAUGCCAAAUUGUGGGGAAAGACUGGACUUAGAGGAGAAGCCUCAAGUGCAAAAGGUGACAUCUGUCAGUGUUAAGGUCGUCUUGAAAUCAGGUCCCCGUGCUCUCCGUAGCAUGAAUCUGUUGAACAAGGGGGUGGGACGACUGCUUCAGAGUUUUCACUUUGUCCCAGGCUCGAUCCUCUGCUGUGGGGAUCAUCCAGUGGCACAGCGCUUGGCCAUCGACACUGUCAUUGUUGACGGUGUGGAUAACAUCCUGUCUAAAUCUACCAUCAUCUAUAGACUGAGCCGGGGUGGGGAAGUCCAUAUCUCCCAAACGAUCACAAAAGACAGGUUCCAGCAGAUUCAAGAUGCAGAAAAGGUGCCAAAACAUUGGAAUAUGGACCUUGUGAAACAUGUGGAAGAAAUGCUUUCAGCAUCAACCAUCAAUCAAGGGAUCUUGUUGACCGGACCCAGCGGGUGUGGAAAGCACCACUUGGUUCGCCUGGUUGCCACCCGGCAAUCUGCCUUCCUUGUCGUUGUUCAGCCGGACUCAGAUCUCCAGAGGUUGAAGCAUUAUGUAGCUGACAUCCUCUCCCAGGCUGCAGAGGGGAAGACCAUUCUGUUUCUACGAGAUGUGGACUCCAUCUGUCCGUAUCGGGAUGCAUCUGGACGGAACAGUGAUGGACGCAGACGGACGACUUAUGUCAUGGGAGCCAUGGACACAUUGAUGGGAAAGGGAGUGUGGAUCCUUGGAUCCAGUGAACGACCUCAGGACAUCGAUCCUGCCAUCCGCCGAAAUGGCCGACUUGGUCAUCUGGUGCAGGUAAAAUUACCAAAUGCAGUGGAGCGGAGGGAGAUUCUCAGAGAGGAGGGGAUUGAGGAAGCAGUGGCAGAAGCUGUGGCACUUCACACUGCCUCCUUCUCUCCCUCUGACCUCAGACAUCUCAUCGCCUGUGCCAUUCAGCAGGCCGCGUUCCAGUCUCGUGUUCCCUUUUCUGGGAAGUUGACCCAGGAGGACUUUGACAAGGUACUUCCUCGAGUGUCUCCGUCCAUCCUCACCGCGUCCUCGGCUUCCCUUCCCUCUUCGUUCUCCUCUGAGACAUCCUCAUGGGACUCUCUUGGCGGAUUGCAUCCCGUCAAAGCACGCCUGAGGCUUGCCCUAGAGUUGCCGAUCAAGCAUCCUGCUGCCUUCCGUCGUCUUGGGAUCUUGCUGGUUGGAGAACCAGGCUGUGGGAAGACAUCCCUGGUUCGUGCUGUGGCAUCUUGUUUCUCACAUUUGACAUGCUUCUCACUUUCCCCUGCCUCUGUCCUGUCUCCCUACGUUGGGGAUUCCGAGAAGUUCUUGUCGGAAACGUUCCAGCACGCUCGCAUCGUCCAGCCCUCCCUCAUCUUCCUUGACGAAAUUGAUGUUCUGACGGGGUCCAGGAACCAGGAUUCGGGGAAGAGAAGCGUUCAUGAGAAGCUCCUCUCCACCCUGCUCAAUGAAAUGGAUGGCAUUUCGUCUUCCUCAUCUUCGCAGGUGGUGGUGGUGGGAGCAACGAAUCGAGUCGGCGUGAUCGACGAGGCUCUGCGACGACCCGGUCGUCUGGACUGGGUCUUGGAGAUCCCCGUCCCGGACGAACGGGAUCGACUGGACAUCCUUAGGGUCCUCACCCGUCGCUCCGAGCUGGACGUGGAUGUCUGCCUGGAAACCCUUGCCAGACUUACUCGUGGAAUGAAUGGAUCUCGGCUUGCCAGCCUCACCAGAGAAGUGAGUGACAUGCCUUUUACCCUGUUGCAACCAUUCCAUAUCAUCUUUUUUUACGAUUCAACCUGUUGUCUCACUCAGGCGGGUCUCAGGGCCCUCGAGAAGAGGGGAUUCCUUGCCGAUUCCAUUUGCAUGGAGGAUUUCCUCUCUCUUCUCAAAUCUCAUGACCAAGAGUGUCUGGAUGACUCU